AUGGCAUUGACUCGACAAGCUAAGCGGAGCUACGCCAAAAUCCUAAAGAUCCAUACCAUCUCUUUCGGAAUCACCACGGAUAGUACUAGAUAUCAAUUCUGGUUCUUAGACUCAGAACGGCGGCUUGUCUCUUCUAUCAUCUUUGAUUGGCGUCUCGACAAGGCCAAAAUCAUCACAUAG